CAAAAAAAAAAAAAAAAGAAAGAAACUUUCCGUGCCAAGGCUUCCUGGAGGCUUCUGUGUGUGUGUGUGUCGGACCCGAUGGACGAGGAAGACAUGAACUGAACAUGGUGCUGAUGGCCGAGCAGGCGGACAGACCUCCGACCCCGCUGCUCUCCGCCCCGGAGCAACUUUUCAACCGGGAGUCCCGGGGGAAUCGGUCUGAGCUGGAUCCUGGAGGGGAGAGGAGGCCGAGGAGGCCCGGAGGGUCACCUGGAGACUUCCAGCUGUGUCCGGACUCCGAGGCGGACCCGCCGGAGAGCAAGAGGAAACCAGCCAGCAUGAGAUUGAAACCAGUGGAGCCGCUCGCGCCAGCGCUGAGUCCCAGUGACUGUGAAACAAAGUUCGAGAGGAAGAAAUCUCAGCACAGUCAAUUAUCGAAGCCAAACGCCCAGUAUCACAAGUUAUUCAAGGAGAUCCCAAGAGAGGAGCUCCUCAAACAAAGCUACACGUGCGCCCUGCAGAGAGACAUUUUAUAUCAGGGCAGAAUGUUCCUCUCCGAUAACUGGAUCUGCUUCCACUCCAAAGUCUUUGGCAGAGACACCAAGAUUUCCAUCCCAGUGGUGUCUGUGACGUUCAUCAAAAAAACUAAAACGGCACUGUUGGUGCCAAACGCCCUCGUGAUCGAAACGAUAAGCGAUCAGCAUGUGUUUGUUUCCUUCCUCUCCCGAAACACCACCUACAAACUCCUGAAUUCCAUCUGCGUUCAUUUGGAGGCGGAUAAGACUGGUAGCAGCCCCGUUAUUUCCUCCUGUGAGAACAGCUUCAGGGUGAAAUGCCCAACGUUGCUUCCUUUGGACCUUUCUGCAGACUUCUCCGACCUCGAUGGAGUUGUGCAACAAAGGCGUCAGGAGAUGAUGGAGAGCAGCAGCUCCGGCUCUCAAACUCCGGAUUACGACAAAAUAACUGACUUCACCGGCCUCCCGGACACGUUUCUAAGUGCAGUGAAGAGCGCCGAAGUUUCAGUCCACGCGGACAUUCAUCUUCAGACUCAGAGCCAAAAACACGGAGCUGCCCAGAAGAACGGGUCUCCAAAGCUCAAAGACAAGCCCUCGCAGCCCUUGUCCUUACAAGCCAUCCUGCUCCUCUAUUUGUUUUUAGUCGGCGUUCUCGUCUUGUCCUCCUGUUACAUGGCGUUCAAGAUCGUGGCUCUCGAGCACCGUUUGAACUCCUUGGUGUCGGUGGGGCAACACAUCCGUAAAGAACACGCGGUGAGUCACCGGCCUCAGGAAGAAGUGAAUGCAGAGAUUUAUGGAGAACUAUCUUCCAACUUGUUCAAGCUAGAAAAGAUUCAAAGAAACCUUCGGAAGCUACUUGAGGAGACUUGAAAGAAGACUUUUGUCCCGUCUGGACCGAAGCUUUUCUGUUCCGUGAGAGAUGUUGGUUCGUCACCGAGGAUCAGCGGGGGUCUCGUUUGUCAAUAGUUUAGUUGCCGGACAGCUGACGCAGAAAGCUUUCUCAAAACAGAUUGAACUCUCACUUUUAAAUUGUGCAAUAAUAGCUUCUUUCCUCGCUCCACUCAGGACUAUUUUAUUACUUUUUCAGAACAAAAUAUUGUGCAGGAGGGUAAAAACUGAGGCAGCGUGUUGGUGAAGUGAACAUUAUGUAUGCGGUAUUUAUCUGGGAGCUUUUAUUUUGUACAUAUAUUUUGUUUUUUUCAAUAGUGGGACUUUUUUUAAGGUCCAAGCGUCAUAUUUCAAUGUUUUCCAAACAUUUCUUAAAAGGUCAAUUACAUUAUAUUUAAGUCAUGUGUUAAAAAAAAAAAAAAAAAAGAAUCACUCCAAUAUGGAUGUUAGUAGAAUAUAUUUGAAUGACAUGGAAAGUCAACUUCUUGUUACAGUGUGUUGUAUCAGAAGAUAGAAAAUUAGCUGCUUAUUUGAGAGGAAGUUUGCUCGUUGAAACAUCUCAUAGUUUUUCUUGUUGUAAAUGUUUUUAAAUGUAAUAUUUCAUUGAAAGAGCUUCUCAGCUGAUAAUAGUUUUUUUUAAAACUUUUUAAAUUGUCCCUUAUUUUUUCCUCAGUUAUUACAGGAGCAAUAGAAGAGAAAGUGCUUGUGCUUUAAAACUGUGGUGGUUUGUUUACAUUUAGAUCUCAGACUGUGCCUUUUUAACGUUUAUCGUUUGUAUCGCAGUCUUGAAAUAAAUGUCUCGGAUACA